AUGGCGCCGUCGCUAUGGAAGGGGUUAGUGGGCAUCGGCCUCUUUACCCUAGCCCACGCAGCCUUUUCCGCUGCGCAGCAUCGUUCUUAUAUGCGAUUAACAGAAAAGGAAGAUGAAUCACUGCCAAUAGAUAUAGUUCUCCAGACGCUUCUCGCCUUUGCAGUUACCUGUUAUGGUAUAGUUCAUAUUGCAGGGGAGUUUAAAGACAUGGAUGCCACUUCAGAACUAAAAAAUAAGACAUUUGACACACUAAGGAAUCACCCAUCAUUUUAUGUAUUUAAUCAUCGUGGUCGAGUACUGUUCCGGCCUUCGGAUACAACAAAGUCUUCAAACCAAGAUGCACUGUCCUCCAAGACAUCAUUGAAGUUACGAAAACUUGAAUCACUGCGUCGUUAA